UAUUUAAUAUAACUUUUUAUUUAUCAGUAAUGUUGUGUACAAAAAAGGUCAGACCUUGACAUUUUUCCAUGACAUCACUAUAUCAUGCAAUAUCCUUUGGCUCAUGCAAUACUAUUAAAGGGCUUCAUCGGCUCAACCUAAUAUAUGUAGGAGAGGUUGUAUGUGCAAAAAUCAACUGAUAAAUGGCCGAAGAAUGGAGUCCUUUAACACCGGAGGAGGAGGCGGAGAGGGAGAUGCUUAUGAAUAUGAUAUCAAAGGGGCAAGAAGAGAUUCCUUUGACACCGGAGGAGGAGAAGAAGAAGAAGGAGAGGAUAACAUACUUAGAGAUGAAGAAAAAAGCAAUUGAGAAUCCAUUAUCUGAUGUUCCUUUUUUCCCAUUUGGACCAGGAUGUGGUGUGAUGCCUGACUUCGGGCAGAAGUUUGAAUGCAAGUAUGAUAUAUUACAAAAGAGGCCUUUAACAGAGGAAGAGGAACGUCGAUUCACAUAUGGGAUGAAAGUAAACCUUCCAUCUUUCCCACCUUUACCAUGGGAUAAGAGGCAAACAGUUCCUCUCACCCCUGACCUCGUUCUACAGUUCGAACAACAACGACAACAGUGUACUAGUAUUACUAGUACCAGUAGUACUGUGAUGUCAAGGGAGGAGAAGCGACAACAACUUGCAGCACAAGGAAGAUGUCUCGAUGGGUCGUAUCUAACCCCAUAUUGCAAGUGUGACAAACAAUCCUGUGGAUUCCAACCACCAUAUCCCCCAGAGUUUGCCCCAGUUUGGCUUGCAUACAAACGUCAGAUUCGUCAAUCCCAUUGUUUUGACAUUGACGACCAUCCCCCUUCGCCUUUUGGUGCUGCAGUAGGACCAUUAGCACCACAUCAUGAUUUCAAUGGCAAGGCUGAGUUACUGAUGGAACUGGAUAACCGUGCUAUCCAAGAAUAUAAUGAGAAAGAGUGCAAUGUUACCAAAUACAAGGUUUUGAAGAUUGAGAAAGUGAAUCAUUCGGUGACUUCAUACUAUCAAUAUUGGAUGACCGUGAAAGUGUUAAAUCUAACUCUUGGUACUUCUACCGAGACUUUUCAAAUCCAUGCUGGUAAAAGUAUCCUCAAUGAUGAUGAUAAAGUUAUCUACUGUUGCCGGCCUAAAGAAGAGGCCAUUGUUGGUUUGCCAAGCUGCGAUGUUUGUUUUGGCUUGCUGCCCAGAGAGGAAGCACUUGAACUCUAGUUAUUUAAGUUUGGACUGUUUGAGGUUUCAUCGUUGUAGUUUAAGUUAUAUAAAUUUGGUCUUUGUUGAGAUUCUAUGAUUUGUAAGUUUUAGUGCUAUACUAUGAUGUUUGACCUGGCCUCUUUGUUGAUUGAAGUAUUAGCUAUACUAUCACCAGGACAA